AUGUCGGAAGCAGACGAGCGGAUGGAGGUGGCCGAGGACCAAAACAUUGAGGAUGCCGAGCUGGAAAAUGCGAGCGACGGUGAUGACGAUGCGGACGACACCGAACAGCAGCAGGAGAAAGAUGGCAAAGCACAGGUUUACCUACCCGGGGGCGUAAUGGGUCACGACGAGGAGCUGGUGUGCGAUGAAUCGGCCUACAUAAUGCUGCACCAGGCACAAACCGGUGCACCCUGUCUCAGCUUCGACAUUGUGACCGAUCCGCUCGGUGACGAUCGCGAACAGUUUCCACUGACGGCGUACGUGGUAGCCGGUACGCAAGCGGCCCGUACGCAUGUUAACAGCGUGAUCGUGAUGAAGAUGUCCAACCUUACCAGAACGUCCAAACCGUCCGAUGGUGAUGAAUCGGAAGACGAGGAAGUGAGUGAUGACGAGGACGUAGGUGAGGAUCAAACGCCCGUUCUUAGCAGCGUGAUGAUUAAACAUCCUGGAUGCGUAAAUCGGCUGCGUGUGAGCACGUUCGGUAACUCGCAGUACGUAGCAUCGUGGAGCGAGAUGGGCCGGGUGCACAUUUACAACAUCAACGAACAGCUGGCCGCGCUUGAUGAUAGCAAAGCGAGACAGACCUACCAACAGAACAAGACCGGCGAUGGAGUGAAACCGGACUUUACAUUUUCCGGACACCAAAAGGAAGGUUUCGCCAUUGACUGGUGUACGACGACGCGUGGCAUGCUGGCGACGGGCGACUGUCGACGAGACAUACACAUCUGGCGACCGAAUGAUAAGGGUUCGUGGAACGUCGACCAGAGACCGCUGGUGGGUCAUACGGACUCGGUCGAGGACAUUCAGUGGAGUCCGAACGAAGCGAACGUGCUUGCUUCGUGCUCGGUAGAUAAAUCGAUCCGGAUCUGGGACUGUCGGGCAGCUCCAUCGAAAGCGUGCAUGCUUACGGCUGAGAAAGCACACGAGAGUGAUGUGAACGUCAUCAGCUGGAACCGUAAUGAACCACUGAUUGCAAGCGGUGGCGAUGAUGGCGUGCUUCAAAUUUGGGAUUUACGACAGUUCCAGUCCAAAACACCGGUGGCUACAUUUAAACAUCACACCGAUCACGUAACAACGGUCGAGUGGCAUCCGAAAGAGUCCACCAUAUUGGCGUCCGGUGGUGACGAUGAUCAAAUUGCACUGUGGGAUCUAUCCGUGGAGAAGGACGACACGGACGAUACGAAAAAUGAUGCGAACCUGAAGGAUUUGCCACCGCAGCUGCUGUUUAUACACCAGGGACAGAACGAAAUCAAGGAGCUGCACUGGCAUCCGCAGCUGAAGGGCGUAAUACUGUCGACGGCACACACGGGAUUCAACAUUUUCCGUACGAUAAGUGUUUAG